AUAAGUUGAGUUAGGGACUAAAUGAUGAAGAAACAUUAUUAAUGGACCUAACCUUCAGUUUUCCAAACUUUAAAGGGGUUAAAAGGUGUUUGGAUAAGGCCGGCUGACUCAUUCCUUUUUAUCUUUUUCUUCUUUCCUUCUUUCUUCCCAGCCAUUUUCACAUCUGCUCUGUUUUUCUUCUCCUCUGCAACCAAACAUGAACCUAGACAUCUCCAGCGCCUCCACCUGAAAAAUUGGUAAGAGAACUUGAUGAUUUUUGUUCUCUUCUUGCCCAAGAACAAGUCUAGGACUUAGAACUCCUCUCUCUUGCAGAAAAGCCACCGGAUCUGCUGUCUUCUUCCCUUCCUCUGCCGCCAGCUGUUGCUGGGUAUAAGCUCCGGUUUUUCUGCAACCCUGUGGAAGCCCCCAAUUUUUCCCGCCAGCUCCAGCUUUGCUUGUUAAGGAUUUUUGGUAAGUUAGCUUCUCUAAUCUCCGAAAAUUAGUGGAUUAAUGGCUGCUUUGUGAGUUAAUUGGUUGUAUGAAAUGAGCUUGGGUUGUCCGAAAAUUCUGUUGAAAUAGGGAUGAGUUUUGGCAAUUUGAAAAUGGGUUUUGGUUGAUGAUUUGUGUAGGAAAUUAGUGGGUUUGGUUGUUGUGUGAUGUCCAAGAGAAAAGGGGAGAAUCCCGUGAAUUGGCCAUUUUCUGUCAAGGUCGGUUCUCCCAAAUUCCUGUCCAUUAGUUUGAGAAAUUGUAUAUCUGUAAUUGUGUAAUUGUGUAAUUGUGUAAUUGUGUAUACAUAGAUAUUAAUUGGGAACAUUGUGAUUAGGUCCUUGAUUGUCCUGUGGCCUUAGCACUGGGAUUAGGCCUUGUGUCCUGUGUAAUUAAGGUGAGUAAAUUAUGGUAAAGCCCGUAAAUUUUUGAAGCAUAUUUUAAUUGUUUUUUGAGAUGGUGGCGAGGUUUAAAUGGAUUUACUUGCAUUUGAGCAUGAUUAAAAAGGGAAUUUGAACUUUCAUUAUUUUCCUUCUUUUCUAGAAUUGAGCAUGCCCACAUGAGAUUCUUCGGUUUAUUUUUUGAAAGUGCGAACGAUCGUGAAUCGUGGUUUCUGUAAAUCUUGCUUGGUUUUGUCUCCGAUAUGGUCGUGUAAUCGUGACCCCGCUAGUGGGGGAGGUUACAAACACUAGCACAUGUCGACAUGUUCGUGAUAGGACCGGUUCGCUCGUGGCCCUACUAGUGGGGAUUAUACACUAGUACUCGUGUGCCUGCCAGUGGGAACUGGCCAUGACUAAUAGAGGAGACCACUACGUGAUUUUAUUUUGCAUUAAUGAUUUGUUAUUGAAACGCUCUGUUCUUGAAACGCUCUGUUCUUGAAACACUCUGUUCAUGUUUCAACCGAUUAUUUGGCAUGCUUUAAACUUUGAUGUCGAGCCCCCAUGUUUACUUACUGAGAUAUUUCUAUCUCACGGUUUCCUUAUCCACCAUUUCAGGUAGUGAGACCCGACGCGUGGGAAGCCUGGGGGAGUGACGAGCUAGACGGCUAGGCACUUUUGGACUUAGGUUUUUGUAGCUAAGCCGUUAGUCACCCAUGCUUGACAUAGAAAAUUUUGUGUACAGAAUUUAGUGUUAGU